UUAAAUAGUCACUUUCAGUUCCGUUUAGCAUAAAACGUCGUGCUUUUGAACAAAACACAAAUAUUAAGAUAACACAACUAAGUAACAUGGCCUGACCUUAUGAAAAUUCACAAAAAAAAAAACAUCUUAUCCUCACGAACCUACACAGUAGGAACAUACGUACACAGUAACAUGUAGUUUACCAAGCGUUCAACAGAAGAAAAUUCGCACUUUCACCAUUUUCAAAUCAUCGAAAUUUAAAAUGCGCGUGCUCAGUAGCAUCAUCAUUCUGUUGGUACUCGUCACAUUGGCAGCAUCAGCAUCAACCUCAACGUCAAUUGGGAGAUUCCUACCAUUCAGUGGAUUUUAUCCAAUACCUGCUAAGACUCCAGAACCAAUAAAUAUCAUUUCCGGAUUGACGUACCCGUACUACAGGUAUCCGCCAAUAACAUAUUCAGGAAACAAUGGGCAAGAAGAUGCUUACUUGAUAAACGCCGGAACCGCGGUGAUAGCAGUUUUGAAGAAUAAUUACACCACAAAUAUCGUUCAAGGGGGACCUUUGGGUAAAAGCACGUAUACAUACCUUAGAACCGUAUUUCGCUGGACAAAUAAUACUAAUGGUGUGGCUUAUACCUCUAUCAAUGGAAAAAAUGGCUCUCCUUUAGAAGUAUUGAUCGUAUACGUCAAUCAGAAAUACAAAUCGUACACCGAAGCUUUGAAAUACCGCGACGGUAUGUUCAAAACGAAUAUCCGGAUUUAUAUUGGAUCGAAGCCAAACCCCGCAUUUGAACCAUUCGCUGCGGCUAUGAAGAAAAUUCAAAAACCUGGAAAAGUUGCAAUCAAUCUGCAAGCUGUUUUUGAAUGGUAUUUCUAUUUUCCUUCCAACACCAGGUACUUCGUGUAUCCAGGACAGGUUCUAGAUCCGAAUACUCAAAAACCAUUUUAUUGCUCCACUUCCAUCGUACCUUUUUUUAAUCGAGCUCAGUAUAUAUCUCUAGAACAGUUCAAGGACACAUUCUUGAAGGUGAGAGGCUCUGAUGGUAAUAAAUUGAUCACCCAAGCUUCACAGCACCCUGUAGGGCGCAGACCAGUGGCACAUAGCCGAGGUUUGGUCAAGAAACCAACGUCAAAUGGCAAAACGUACCCAUCUUUGAGUGGAAGUAAUUAAAAAUGUAAGUACAUAGGUAAUUUCAAGUUGCGAACAAGAGAUGACAGAUUAUUAUUCUCUUCAAAUGACAAGUACCUGGCAUCAAAUCCAGAAAAGUUUAUUUUUUUCAUCCUGACUUCGUUUAGAAAAUACUUACAUUUUGUCAUCAUUGAGAACCAGAUCUACAAUAAAGUUUUCCGAAA